AAAAUUUCACGUUUGCUGAAAAACAGUCGCGUUCAAAUGACGUCACAACUGGUGGCCGCUCUGUUUGUGAGACAGCAGAAUAUUUUCUAGUCACUGUUAUUUUCACUGACAUUGACGCUGAAAGAAGACAAAGCGUAUAUGAGGAUGACAGCGGUGUUUAAAGGGCUGCUGCUUCUCUCUGUCACUCUGGUGGUGUGGACAGUGCCAAUAGAACGCAACGCCGAGCCGCCUCAAGAAGAGAAGCUUGAGGAGAAUGCUGAUACUGGUCUGUACUAUGACCGCUACUUAAGGGAGGUGAUUGAAGUGUUGGAAACAGACCCUCACUUUAGAGAAAAGCUCCAGACGGCAAACACAGACGACAUCAAGAAUGGACGUCUCAGCAAGGAGUUGGAUUUGGUCGGCCACCACGUGAGGACUCGACUGGAUGAGCUGAAGAGACAAGAGGUGUCACGUCUCAGGAUGCUGCUGAAGGCAAAAUUGGACAGCACCAACGCACAGAGUGUUCAGAUGGAUCACGCCUCCUUGUUGAGGCAGUUUGAACACCUGGAUCCUCACAACCAAAACACCUUCGAGGCAAAGGACUUGGAGCUGCUUAUUGUCACGGCCACUAAAGAUCUCGAGAAUUAUGAUGCGGAGCGCCACGAGGAGUUUAAGCGAUACGAGAUGUUGAAGGAGCACGAGAGGAGGGAGUACCUGAAAAGUUUGGACCAGGAGAAGAGAGAAAAGGAGGAGAGAAGGAUUGCAGAACUGAAAGAAAAACACAAACAACAUCCCAAAGUUAAUGCUCCGGGUAGUGUGAAUCAAUUGCGUGAGGUUUGGGAAGAGACAGAUGGUUUGGAUCCGCAGGAAUUUAAUCCCAAGACUUUCUUUAAGCUUCAUGACACAAAUGGUGAUGGUUUGUUGGAUGAGCAAGAGCUGGAGGCCCUUUUCACAAAAGAGCUGGAGAAGGUCUAUGAUCCAAAGAAUGAAGAAGAUGACAUGAUGGAGAUGGAGGAGGAGAGGCUGAGGAUGCGGGAACAUGUCAUGAAAAACGUGGAUCUUAAUCAUGAUAGGUUGGUCAGUCUGGAGGAAUUCCUCAAAUCAACAGAGAAGAAAGAGUUUAACAACGCAAAUGAAUGGCAGACACUGGAUGACACAAAGCCAGUAUAUACAGAGGAAGAACUACAGCGCUUUGAGGUCGAACUUCGUGAUAAGGAGGUGGAGCUUGGCAGAAGGGCAGAGAAAUUAAGACAGGAACAGGAACUCCUUAUUGAGAGAAGCAAAGCUCUGGAGGCCCAAAAAAGAGAAUAUCAACAGGCAGUAAUGGAAAUGUCACAAAAACAAAAGGAGCAACAGGAGGUCAAUAGACAACCUCCCCCAGGCCCUAACGGAGAACUCAACUUUCAGCAAGAUAUCCAAAAACUAGCAAACGAAGAAGGUCAAGUGGUAAAAGUCCCAGUUGAUCAGAAUGGAGAAGUUCAGAAUAACCUACAAGCUGAGCCUCCACAGAAUCUGCCUCAGCACACCUCCUAACACACACAAACCUACUACAGUACCUGCUUUUAACAUGAAAGGACAUUUUCAGAUUUUUUUUAUGUAAAUGGAAAAUGCACACCCAAACCCAUCCUCAAUGUCCAUAACACCUGAUCAGACUCAUUACAGCCUGUUGCAACACAGUCAACAGGGUAAGCUCAGUAUACACUCAUGAAACACGCACACUUACUGUAUGUUGUGUUUCACCUCAUCUUCAACUAAUCUGCCCAUAUCCAUAAUACUGUGGCAUCCGUUAAACCACAAGCAUGCUGCUCUUAGGAAAAUUUGCAAAUGAAUAGUGAAAGAGUGGUUUGGUGUGGUGUGGUGGUAGUCAGUUUUUUUCUCUGCUAAAAGCAUUUCAUUGUUGAUGUUUACUGCCUUCGUUUGCUUUUUUGGUUACGGGGAGCUCGCAAAGGCCUCAGUUUGUCUUUCUAGAUAAAAUGAAAUAAUAUGGUUAUUUUCUGUGGUUACGAUUAUAUUUAGUAAACAUACCUCAUAGACAACAUAACUUUCUUUGGUAAGGUUUUCUAAUAGACCCACGGAUGAGCAAAGAUCCAUAAACCAAACAUGUUUAGAUGCCGCAAUGUGCAAUUAAUCUCAUUUUUUGUGUAAUAUAAAAUCUUAAUGAUUUUAUGACAGUAUUGUAUUUCUUUCAUUUAAUAAAUAUAUUUAAAGACUUA